UCAUGCUGCAGCUCACGACACUUGUCGGAACAUGUCCCCGUUCGCUAGGCGUUGUUUUCAAACAUACUCCGAAGAAGAAUUUGAGCCGUGAAUCCACUCGUUUGUGAUAUAACGUGUCGUGUCGCUGCGGGAUUGAACUCUGCAAAAAGUCAUGUCAGAUCUUGCAAUUCUGCUUCAUUUCUGUGACUAAAACAUGGCUAAUAAUCCAGAUCAGCAGGAAGGGAACCCGGAAAUUCUCAUUGAUACAUCAUUCGAUAAUGACUCUACACUAGGCGAUGACAGUUCCACGUGUGAACAAGUUUCUCUCCUUGGCCCAUCUUGCCGACCCAAAUGCUAACCAUCUUCGCUGUGAUAGAGAGUUCGACUCCCUGAGGAGCAGUAUCUAUAACUAUCGAUAUGCCAAUGGUCGUCGAUAUCAUGCGUAUCAUGCAGGUUCUUACUGGUGCAGUCUUAGAACCUCGCCUCACCUCAAAUGCUAGCUAACAUCGAUAUCAAGGGGACCAAAUGACGAGAAAGCCAUGGAACACCUUGAUAUAGGACAUCAUCUCUACACGCUCCUUCUCGAAGGGAAGCUUCAUCUCGCCCCGCUUGGGGAUAAUACACAGAAUGUGCUCGACGUUGGGACAGGAACUGGAAUAUGGGCAAUAAACUUCGCCGAUCAAAAUCCCUCGUCGAAUGUCAUUGGAACCGAUCUAUCACCCAUCCAACCAACAUGGGUUCCACCAAAUCUGUCCUUUGAAAUCAGUGACUGCUGCGAAGAAUGGCCUUAUAAUGACGACACCUUCGACUUCAUUCACGUGCGGGGCAUGUACGGCAGUGUUGCCGACUGGGAUGCAUUUUACAAGGAAGUUUUUCGGUGUCUGAAGCCAGGAGGAUAUGUGGAACAGGUCGAGCAAUCAGUUGUGCCCAAGUCAUUCGACGGAACCACCGACGGGACAAUUUUCGAGGAGUGGGGAAAAGUCUCACUUGAAGCAGGAGACGCGUUUGGAAAAUCUUUACGUAUUGUGGACGAGUCAGGCGAGUUCAUGCGCCGAGCAGGCCUUGAGAGUGUCACCGAGAAACGAUUCCAUUGCCCUGUUGGCAACUGGCCAAAGGACAGUCGUCUCAAAGAAGUUGGUUCGUACAACCGCCUUCAGUGGGAAGAAGGGAUCGACGGUUGGUCCAUGAUGCUUCUUACCAGCAUACUCAAUUGGAGCCGAGAAGAAGUCGAAGUGUAUCUGGCUAGAAUGAGAACUGGCCUACGUACCCGGGGAAUCCAUGCCUACCAAGACAUGACUGUGGUAUGGGGUCGAAAACCAGAGUCAAAACCAGAGUCAAGUUAGGACGGGGAUUUAGCCAUAGACCCCUCACGAAUUUCGUUCUUUUCGGAUUACUCUUCCCGUAUACGCCUCUUAUAACGACGACAAGAGUCGUUCGCCUGUGGCGAGCUUUCCCGCGAGAGAGCUUGGUAUUUUCUUCCAAGCUCGGGGACUUUUUAUUGAUUAACGAAGUGGCGUCUACGCCACCACUGGGGGAUACACCUGCGAGCUUGUUGGAAGCAGUGAUUGCAGCUACUUUAGUGCCACUAAAAGCGGUUCACGACAUAAUGAGAAAUACGAGUGUUAGUCCAGGCGUCCAA